UGUGUUUUAUUUUAGCACCUCAUCUAUUUUCUCAUAUUUCACAGUACACAUUAAUGGAUUUCCCCGCUCCGUUCCUUCCCUGAGCUUUUAAUAACUUUCCCACCUACUUUCAGGUUUCGGAACAGCAUUAUUAUCAAUGAAUUGACUGGGAGAUGCAGCAUGCUGAGGCCCUUCGCACCACUGGGUCCACACCAACUAUCGAUCACUUGUUCACACUAGUUCUUUGUUAUCCCACUUUCUCAGCCACUCCCUGCACAUGGGGGAAAAUUUACAGUCAAUGAUGUACAAACCUGCCCAUGUAUGGGCUGUAGGAGAGAAUCAGAGAAGCGGGAGGAAACACACGCAGUCACAGUGAGAACGUACAGACUCCACACAAACUGCGCCCGAGGUCAGGAUCGAACCCCAGUCUCUGGGGGCACUCGGGGACGGAAACCUUUAACUCCAAAAGCUUGGCCCUGCAAGCUCAGAAGAAGAUCCUCACCAAAAUGGCCACCAAGGCAGUGGCUAACAUGCUCAUCGACGACACGAGCAGUGACAUUCUGGACGAGUUGUACAAAGUGGCCAGAGAGUACACAAACGACAAGAAAGAAGCCCACAAGAUCUUGAAGGAUUUGAUCAAGAUCGCUUUAAAGAUAGGGAUCCUCUACCGAAACAACCAGUUCAACCAAGAGGAGGUGGAGAUCGUGGAUAAGUUCAAGAAGAAGUUAAACCAGGCGGCCAUGACAGCGGUCAGUUUUUACGAGGUCGAGUUCACGUUUGACAGAACCGUUAUGGCCGAGCUGCUGAAGGAAUGCAAGGACUUGUUGCACGAACUGAUCGAACGCCACCUCACCCCCAAGUCUCACGGUCGCAUCGAUCACGUCUUCAGACUCUUUGGCGACACGGAAUUCCUGACGGACUUGUACAAUCCCGACGGCACGUACAAAGAGUCGCUACAGAAAAUCUGUCGGGGUGUCAACAAACUGCUCGACGAAGGGAUAGUCUGAACUCGGCAGCCCCCCCGGAUCAGGAGGGCAUUCGAGGUGUUGCUGAUCUGCACAGAACAUCCAUUCGCCAUUUUCAUUCACCACUUCCACUGUUUGACCUGGGUGCCACAGUGAUUCCUUUUGUCUGACUGUUACACUGUAGGUGUUUGCAUUUAAAUACAAACCAGUUUGUGAUUCAAAUCUGUUGCUUGUGAGAAAGAGUAAACAAUCUGCUGUGCCAAUGUACGUUGAAGAGCUUUUGUUAAAUUGCUUUUCCACUUGCACACAUUGAGAUGCUUUGAGUACUGCUGUCUCCAGAAUCCAAGGUGUAUUCCAGCACAGUAACCCGAUUUAUUGUUGGAAAAUGUAUUAUGGAAACUCAAAUGAUCUAUGGAAUAAUGGCCUAUUAAUUCUGAAAAUACAACAAUUUAGGCCAACAGCUGUCAUUAGCUGGGUUCAACAGAAUUGAGUGGCACAGUGACGCAGCUGGUAGAGCUGCUACCUCACAGUGCCAGAGACCCAACUCCAAACCCGACCUCGGCUGCUGUCUUUGUGGAGUUUGCACGUUCUCCCCGUGACCGCCUGGGUUUCCUCCCACCUCUCAAAGACGUGUGGGUUUGUAGUUUAAUUGGCUACUGUCAAAUCGCCCUUGGUGUGUAGGGAGUGGAAGCAAAAGUGGGAUAAAUUAGAACUAGUGUGAAGGGGUGAUCAAAGGUCAGUGUGGUGUCAGUGGGCCAAAGGGCAUGUUUCCAUGCUGCAUCUCUACACAGAAUUGAGAAAACAUAAGUCUAUUGUGCCUACUACGCUGGUUAUCCUGUGCUGCUCACUGUCCCAUAUUUUUCUAAUCAUUUUCCAUUAAAGUUUCCCUUUACAAAUA